GCCCUGAAACAGCAGCGGCACCAUUUUGUUUCAUCUUGCAUUACAGUCGACGGUUGAGGGGAUAGAAAGAAAAAAAUAAAAAUAAGAAAGAAUAGGUCUACAAUCUUCCUGGGCAAAUUAAACUAAAAACUGUCGACAUGAGCGGAUGUCGUAUCUUCAUCGGCCGCCUGAGCCCGUCGGCCCGAGAGAAGGAUGUGGAGAGGUUUUUUAAAGGAUACGGCCGCAUUCGGGACAUUGACCUAAAGAGAGGCUUCGGCUUCGUGGAGUUUGAUGAUCCUAGAGAUGCUGAAGAUGCUGUGUAUGAACUCGAUGGCAAAGAGUUGUGUAAUGAAAGGGUCACCAUUGAGCAUGCUCGUGUGCGUCUGCGGGGGGGCCGCGGGCGAGGAGGCGGCGGCGGAGGAGGAGGACGUUUCUCUGACCGCUACGGUAGAGGUUCCCAAAACAGUCGGAGCCGAAACCCGCCUCCGAUGCGCACUGAGAACCGUCUGAUUGUGGAAAACUUGUCCUCCCGCGUGAGCUGGCAGGACCUGAAGGAUUUCAUGAGACAAGCUGGAGAGGUGACAUUCGCAGACGCACAUCGGCCAAAACUCAACGAAGGGGUGGUUGAGUUUGCCUCUCAUAGUGAUCUGAAAAAUGCCCUUGAAAAACUGUCUGGAAAGGAAAUCAAUGGAAGGAAAAUCAAACUUAUUGAAGCUUCCAAAAAGAGGUCAAGAAGCCGUUCCCGUUCGGACAGCUCGUCCCGCUCGCGCUCCCGUUCCCGCGGCCGCUCUCAGUCCCGCUCGCCCAGACGUUCCCGGAGCCCCGCCAAGGCCCACCACCGCUCCCACUCCCGCAGCGGCACGCCGGCGCGCGGCGCCUCCUCGCCCAGCCCCAAAUCAAAGGACCCCAAACGCUCGUCCAAAAACAGCAAAUCAGUAACGCCGUCCUCGCCGCCGGCGGCUCAGAGGUCGUCCAGAUCCCGCUCUCGUUCAAGAUCCCGCUCACGCUCCCGUUCUCGCUCCAGAUCCCCACGAUCCCGCUCUCCUUCUACCGACAGUCAACGCUAAACUGGUUUAAAAAAAAAAAAAAAAG